GUACCCGACUCUCCUGCUUUUUUCUCCCCGACGAGGCAACCGGGAGACUUGUUAGUUUUGCAGUUCCUCACUUUCUCGAAAUAUUAAAGCCACCUACCCUACCUAUUUACCGUUUCGUUCAGUGGCGUCUCCAAUUGCCCCUCUCUCUACGGGCCUCGUCUGACUCCCUCCUCCCUCCUCGGUUGACUCAUUGUCAUCCGACCCAGUCGUUCCAAUGGCAGCUCCAAACCGAAUGAGCCCUGCGUCGCAGGCGGCAAACAAAGUCUUUACCAGAGUUGACCUCGAUGGCCAUGCUCUCCCUCCCUCGCCCGCCCCGUCGAGCCCGCUCUCCGGAAGGAAGCGAUAUGCUCUAGCCACGGAAUUGGUCUACACCGAAUCCAAAGACCAGUAUGGCUCCUCCAGCAUCCCCAUCUACCAGUCGGCAACCUUCAAGCAGACCUCGGCCAACGGCGGCAACGAGUAUGACUACACCCGCUCCGGCAACCCGACCCGGACGCACCUCGAGCGCCACAUGGCCAAGAUCAUGAAUGCGACCCGCGCUCUGGCUGUCGGGUCUGGUAUGGGCGCCCUGGAUGUCAUCACACGUCUACUGAAACCGGGGGACGAGGUCAUCACUGGCGAUGAUCUGUACGGUGGCACGAACCGGCUCCUCACGUACCUCAAAAACAAUCAAGGGGUUGUGGUGCACCACGUCGACACCACCAUUGCCGACAGCGUCAAGAAUGUGAUCUCUGACAAGACGGCCAUGGUCCUGCUCGAGACCCCCACAAACCCGCUGAUCAAGAUUGUGGACAUCCCGUCAAUUGCGAGAGCAACGCAUGAGGCCAACAGCAAGGCGCUCGUGGUGGUGGAUAACACGAUGCUUUCGCCCAUGCUCCUAAAUCCCUUAGAUAUCGGCGCGGACAUCGUCUACGAGUCUGGCACAAAAUAUCUCUCUGGUCACCACGACAUAAUGGCCGGUGUGAUUGCCUGCAACGACCCAGAGCUGGGCGACAAGAUGUACUUCACCAUCAACACAACGGGCUGCGGGUUGUCACCAAACGAUUCCUUCUUGCUCAUGAGGGGCGUCAAGACACUAGCCAUCCGCAUGGAAAAGCAGCAGGGAAAUGCCCAGCGGAUUGCAGAGUUCCUCGAAUCACAUGGCUUCCGCGUCCGGUACCCGGGCCUGAAGUCACAUCCGCAGUACGACCUCCAUUGGUCAAUGGCUCGGGGUGCCGGUGCUGUACUCUCGUUUGAGACAGGGGACGUCGCACUCUCUGAGAGGAUCGUCGAAGCGGCCAGGCUUUGGGGCAUCAGCGUCAGUUUCGGCUGCGUCAACAGUCUCAUCAGCAUGCCCUGCCGUAUGAGCCAUGCAAGCAUCGAUGCGAAAACUCGGCAGGAACGACAAAUGCCCGAGGACAUCAUCCGGCUGUGCGUUGGCAUCGAGGAUGCGGACGAUCUGAUGGACGACUUGUCCCGUGCUCUUGUUCAAGCAGGGGCCGUGAAUGUGUCGCUGGACGGCUUCCACGCGAAUGAUGCUAAUGGUGAAGGCGCCACUGUAUCGGCUUAGGCCGCGUGUGUUUCUCUCAAAGGCCACACAAACCGGCUGGCUUGUCGGCGCGCAGGCUCGGGCGUCAUCAUCUCAAACGCACAAGGGAUAACGUUUUGCAUAAAAUCGAAGGCACUGAAAUACAAGAAAAACAGGUCGUCGGGACACGGAAAAAGCCCAUACAUCCUCAGAACAGACCCAGAACCACACCUAUUCGCGCCGCUCCUACAUCCGCACGGCAUCGGCGUUCUAACUGCCACCGGCA